AUGAGCAAAACGCUCUUCACCGUCCCGAUCCCGCCACUAGGCGCCCACCCAGGAGGCGCCAUCGUAGCCACCGAGCCGGCGCCGGCCGUCUACCUUCUGACCAUCACCUCCCCACCCGAUAACCGCCUGACAACAGCAUCCUGCACCGCCCUGCUCGACGCCCUCGACCUGGUCGAGUUUGGCAGUUACAAGCCCGGCGUGCUGGUCACCACCAGCGGCGUCCCCAAAUUCUACUCCAACGGCCUCGACCUGGAGCACGCCUUGGCGACAGAAGGGUUCCUGCCGGGCGUGCUGUACAAGCUGUUUGCGCGCCUCCUGACCUACCCCAUGCCGACCGUCGCCCUCGUACCGGGCCAUGCCUUCGCCGCGGGCCUGAUGCUGGCCAUGCACCACGACUACCGCGUCAUGAGCCCUGCGCGGGGCUUUGCGUGCGUGAACGAGCUUGAUUUUGGCGUGCCGCUGAAGCCGGCCAUGAGCGGGAUCUUUCGGCUCAAGGUGUCGCCGUCGACGUACCGGGCGCUUGUGCUCGAGGCGCACCGGUUUGGGGGGCAGGCGGCGCUGGAGGCGGGGAUUGCUGAUCGACUGGGUGGGCUUGACGCCGUUUUGGAGCUGGUGAGGGAGAAAAAGUUGACGAGCAAGGCCGCGACGGGGAUCUACGGGCUGCUGAAGGCCGAGAUGUAUCGCGAGAGUGUGGCCUUGUUGAGUGUGGAGGGGUAUCAGAUGGGGGAGGAGGCCCAUCGGAGGUUGGCCGAGGGCGAGGACAAGAGGCGGGCCGAGGUGGAGAGCAGGGUCGGGGGUUUGAAGGAGAAAGCGAAGGCCAAGUUGUAGGUGGGAGCGUGCCAUGUCUGUCCUGCCUUGCGCAUGGAACAUUGCUGGUAUCGAGCGAUCGUCCUGAAUUGACCCAAAGCGUUCCUGUCUGGUCUGGUGGGAGUAACCCUCAAAGCCAUCUUGCCACAACAAAUGUCAGUGUCUAUAAGAUUCCGUUAUCCCU